AGUUCAAAUAAACAUUUUAUUUGUGUCCCUAGGUUUUCACUCAGUCCUGUUACCAUAACACAUUACCCCAUCUGAAAAAUUUGGAACAUUCCACAAGUCACAUGUUCAACAGGAAGUUGCAUCAGUUGGAUCUUCUGAAGGCCAUGGGAAGACCAAAAGGUACCAAUCUACCACGAAGUGCUGCAGAAAAGCAACGACGCUAUCGUGCUCGACGUGAUGCUGACCCAGAGAGGAGAGAAAAAUAUUUAGAGAAGGAACGAGAAAAAUACAGGGAGGAUCUAAAAUCAGGCAGGAAGAAAAGGAUCAAUAACCUAAGUGAGAGAGAAAAGCGCAGACAACGCAAAAAAUGGAGGGAAACAUACCAUAGAAUCAAGGACAGGAAAGAAGCUCUACAACACCUCAUCACCCCUUCACACAGUCCCCAGUUAUCACCAGCACAAGCUGUAGAUCCACAACCAAGCACUUCCAGGUGUAGUUUAUGAAAUGGGUCAAGUGUCAAAGAAAAUGUGCAACGGAGUAUUCUGAUUCAAACUUGACUGGAUGUAGUGUGUGGGCUCAGAUGCAGUAUUGUGGCUGUAGUGAGCAGGAUUAUACUGUAGAAAUGAUCUGUGCAUGUGAUAGAAGAAUGACCAGUGCAGGAGAGAAAUUAAACGACAUAUAAGUUUCCUGUUAAAGGCUAACUUGCAACUUCGCAAAUUUCUAGUUUAUUCCAGUUAAUUCCUAUGGAAAGUUUCCAACUUUGAAUUUUGCAACCUUAGUUGUGCAACAACCAAAUGUUAGAAUUUAUUUAGAAGUAGCUGAUGGAAAUAGACAUUAUUGCAUUAUAGUAUUAAAUUCUGCUUAUUGAGUCACAGAGAUAAUGUAACAGUACAU